AUAGCUGCUUGGACUGCUGAUAUUGCUGCUCAGAACCCAGACCUUGUCUCUCGCAGUGUAAUCGGGGAAACAUACGAAGGACGGCCACUGUACCUUCUCAAAGUGGGAAAAAGUGGUCAAAAUAAGACGGCCAUCUUUCUGGAUUGUGGUUUCCAUGCAAGAGAAUGGAUCUCCCCUGCUUUCUGCCAGUGGUUUGUGAAAGAAGCUGUUGAGACCUAUGGAAGUGAUACUGUUGUGACCACGCUUCUCAACAGCUUGGACUUCUAUGUUUUGCCUGUUGUUAAUAUUGAUGGUUACGUUUACACUUGGACAAAUAAUCGCUUGUGGAGAAAGACACGCUCUGCAAAUGCUGGUAGCCGUUGCAUUGGUACUGAUCCCAACAGGAAUUUUAAUGCUGGCUGGGGCACUCUUGGGGCCUCAAAAUACCCCUGUGAUUCCACUUACUGUGGCUCUGCACCUGAAUCUGAAAAGGAAACUAAGGCUUUGGCUGAUUUUAUCCGUGAACAUCUUUCUACAAUCAAGGCAUACUUGACGAUUCACUCCUAUUCCCAGCUGCUACUGUUUCCUUAUUCGUAUACCUACGAAUUACCAUCAGAUUAUGAAGAACUGAAUUCCAUUGCUCAGGCUGCAUCUGAACAGCUGGCCAGUUUGUAUAACACCGAAUAUACAUACGGCCCAGGAGCUACAACAAUCUAUGCUGCUUCAGGGGGCUCUGACGACUGGGCCUACGAUCAAGGCAUCAAGUACUCUUUCACUUUUGAGCUCCGAGACACUGGUACAUAUGGUUUUCUUCUCCCUGAAUCUCAGAUAAAGCCAACCUGUGAAGAGACUCUACUUGCUGUUAAAUAUAUCGCCAAUUAUGUCCUUGAGCACUUGUAUUAGAAUGGAGUUCUAAAAACUAUUAAAGAAGGCUUUAUUCAAA